AUGCCCCCCUUAAGAGUCCAGGACUUGAAGCCUUCUUAUGCCCCCUUAAGAGUCCGAGAUCUGGAAUAUUUUCUUGCCCUUAAGAGUCCGGGACCUGAAGCCUUCUUAUGCCCCCUUAAGAGUCCGGGACCUGAAGCCUUCCCACGCUCCCUUAAGAGUCCGGGACCUGGAGUCUCCUCAUCCCCCUUAAGAGUCCGGGACCUGAAGCCUUCCCAUGCCCCUCUUAAGAGUCCAGGACCUGAAGCCUUCUUAUGCCCCCUUAAGAGUCCGGGACCUGAAGCCUUCUUAUGCCCCCUUAAGAGUCCGGGACCUGAAGCCUUCUUAUGCCCCCUUAAGAGUCCAGGACCUGAAGCCUUCUUAUGCCCCCUUAAGAGUCCAGGACCUGAAGCCUUCUUAUGCCCCCUUAAGAGUCCGGGACCUGAAGCCUUCUUAUGCCCCCUUAAGAGUCCAGGACCUGAAGCCUUCUUAUGCCCCCUUAAGAGUCCGGGACCUGAAGCCUUCUUAUGCCCCCUUAAGAGUCCAGGACCUGAACCUUCUUAUGCCCCCUUAAGAGUCCAGGACCUGAAGCCUUCUUAUGCCCCCUUAAGAGUCCAGGACCUGAAGCCUUCUUAUGCCCCCUUAAGAGUCCGGGACCUGGAGCCUUCUUAUGCCCCCUUAAGAGUCCGGGACCUGAAGCCUUCUUAUGCCCCCUUAAGAGUCCGGGACCUGAAGCCUUCUUAUGCCCCCUUAAGAGUCCAGGACCUGAAGCCUUCCCAUGCCCCUCUUAAGAGUCCAGGACCUGAAGCCUUCCCAUGCCCCUCUUAA